UAUGGGUAAUUGGUCUCAUCGAAUUCCUCAUAAGAACGCACAACCCACCAUUUUCAAACCAAAACCACCAUGGAAUCAAUCAAUCUGUUCAAAGGAGGCUAUGGCAGAGUCACAGACCUUGAAGAACAACCCACCCGCCCGAAACCCAUCCGAAGAAGACCCAUCGUCACCGCAAUUGCCGUCUCCGCCGUUCUACUCUUCACCUUGGUCCUCGCUUUCAUGCUUGCGGCCCUGAUACGGGAGUCCAAUUCCGAAACUGGUGAAUCCGAGUCAAUCCACAACUCAACCGAGUCGAUCCAAAUAGUCUGCGGCGUGACUCAACACCCCAACUCCUGCUUCUCCAGCAUAAGCUCUCUAAACGGGCACGCCAAACCCGACCCGGAAUCCAUACUCAAGCUUUCUCUCCAAGUUUCCUCGAACGAGCUCGGGAAACUCUCAUCCGUCUUGAAAUCCCUCAACGAUCUGCACUCCGGAGGCGCUCUGCGUGACUGUGCGAGUCAGAUCGAUGACGCGCUGAGUCGACUCAACGACUCCAUGUCGGCGAUGCAGGUGAACCCGGGGGAGAAGGGGUUGACGGAGGAGAAGAUUAAGGAUAUACAGACGUGGAUCAGCGCCGGAAUAACGGAUCAAGAGACGUGCGUCGAUGGGUUGGAGGAGAUGGGAUCGACGGUUCUUGAUCAGGUCAAAGCUAAGAUGCAAAAGUCAACGGAGUUGCUAAGCAACAGCCUGGCUAUCGUGGCCAACAUCCAAACACUCCUUCAAAAGUUUGAUCUUCAAUUGCAUUGACUUUUGAGUUUUGUUAUAUUAUAUGAAAACUAGCAUUUAUGCUUGUUCGUAAUUAUGGUGUUCAUAACAUCUGUUAUUACAUUUUUAUGUACGUAAUUAUAUUGUUAUAAGUAUUACCGAUUUUUAUACACUGUUUCUUUUGUUAUUA